UCCGUCCGACCGCGUCCCGAUCGGUAUGGCCGCCGCCGACGUCCCCUCCUGCCGCGACCUCCCCGCCGCCGUCUCCGCCUUCGCCGAUGCCUUCGUCGACUUCGCCGUCUCCGGCAUCUUCUUCCCCUCCACCCCUGCCACCACCACCACCACCUCCUCCCCGCCUCCGCCUUCUCCCACCUUCCUCCCCUCCCCCGCCCGCCUCGUCGCCAUCGGGGACCUCCACGGCGACCUCCCCAAGUCCCUCUCCGCCCUCCGCCUCGCCGGCCUCGUCCCCCCGCCAUCCCAGGGCCCCUCCUCCUCCUCCCCCUCCGCCUCCUGGUCCGCCGGCCGCACCCUCGCCGUGCAGCUCGGCGACAUCCUCGACCGGGGCGGGGACGAGAUACGCCUCCUCUACCUCAUCCGCCGCCUCGCCCUCUCCGCCGCCCGGGAGGGCGGCGCGCUGCUCCCUAUCCUGGGGAACCACGAGGUCAUGAACGUCUCCGGCGACUUCCGCUUCGCCACGCCGCAGGGGCUCAGGGAGUUCUCCGCCUGGGCCGGCUGGUACCGCGCCGGCCUCGCCAUCAAGCGCCGCUGCGCCGGCCUCGACCCGAAGAACCCCUUCCUCGGCGUCCCCAAGGCGUUCCCCGGCGUCAGGCCCGAGUUCUGGGACGGCAUCCGCUCCCGCCUCGCCGCGCUCCGCCCCGACGGGCCCAUCGCGCGCCGCUUCCUCGCCGACCUCCCCACCGUCCUCGUCGUGGGGGACUCCGUCUUCGUCCACGGCGGCCUCCUCGAGGCCAAUGUGGAGUACGGCCUCGAGCGCAUCAAUGCGGAGGUCAGCGAGUGGAUCCGCGGUGAGAGGGGCGCCAAUGCCGCCGCGCCGGAGUAUGUGCGCGGCCGAGACGCCGUGGUCUGGCUCAGGAGAUUCUCGGAUGGCGUCAAUUGCGAUUGCCAGCGGCUGGAGGGGGUUCUUGAGAUGAUCCCGGGCGCGAAGAGGAUGAUAAUGGGGCAUACGAUUCAGACCGAGGGGAUCAAUGCGGUGUGCGGCGCGCAGGCGGUGAGGGUGGAUGUAGGAUUGUCUAGAGGCUGCGGGAACGGGCUGCCAGAGGUUCUUGAGAUCAAUGGUGGUGGCAAAGAUGUGAGGGUGAUCACAACAGAUCCUGCGGAGGCCUGGCAGUACCGGAAGCGGGAGGCGGAGAAAACCACCAUCACUACGGCGGUGAAGGAGAAGAAGGGGGAGGUAAAGGAUGGGCUUGCAUUGUUGGUAAGGGAGAGCCAUGGGUUGAAAGAGGUACAGGCUAAGGCUUAGUUUAGUGUCGUAACUUCAGGCUAGAGAACAUUUUGGUAGCUCAAUUGAGGUUUCCUGGUAAAUUGGGGUAUGUGGAUAACCAAGCUAGAAUGGAUUGGGAUGUUGAAACUUAAAACUUUUUGGUGGAUUCAAUAACGGGCAUCCACGAAAGAUGUUGAAAAAACCAUGAUUAUCAUUAUUUAUCAAGUUGUGCCAAUUAAAUUCUGAUAAGUACAGUUUUUGGCCAUUGCCUGGUAUUGGUUCUUUAUUUGUGUAUGGAUGGUUAUAUUACCAACCUGAAUUCCAGUCAGGAAAGGACCCAGUGCCAAUUGUCAACAGGACUAUCUCUGAAAUUGUUGUGUUUGGUUUACUAUAUUCAGUGUGUCACUGAGAAACAUGUACACAGUGUGUCAAGCUCAAUCCUUGAUUGUGCAUCUGAAUUGGUUCAGCAAUUCAUACAUUACCAUUAUUUAAAAUUUUCAACAUUGCAAGCAUGUUCGGGCACAUGGUAUAAUUGAUGGUUGGCAUUGGUACAACAAAAUGUCAAGUGGUGAGAGAAAAUGUUGCAAAAACCAGCUGCAAUCAACAGAAGAUUACUGUAACUUGUCAAUUAUGUCAAAUAUUAUAGAACAGCAUACUGAAAGCUUACGCAGCAAGGUGGACUUUACGAAGGGGUUGGGGGGUGGGUAAGGCGUGUUGAGGGUGAUACCCAGGGGGAAUGGAUCCUUUCACUCAAGGAUGAGGUGAUCGAAGACAGUGAAUCAUGGGUGUGAUCCAGCUUGUCAAGUGGACUUGUUGGCUACCUAGAAUUUUGAACUGAAGGCAAGGUACACACUUAUCUAAUCAGCUUGUUAUUCAGCAUCAAUCCAGUGAUACUGACUCUGUGACUCAUUUAGGGAGCAAUUUUAUCCAAUUUUAAAGUUAUUUCUGUCAUUCACUGGAAGUUUACUGUCUUAUCAUGAUCUGUCUUUUGGCGGUGAAAAGGAAUUGGAUAACUGGAAUAGACUAAUAUGGGCAUGUCUUGGAACAGCAAAUUGACAAGGAAAAAGACCUGAAGUGUGAUCUGCAUUUGUGGGCGCUCCAUCUUUCCAAUUUGAUUGGUUGUUGAAUUAGUCUUCUCUUGUCUUCACACAGUCCAGGGCAGAUUGUUUCCAUGUUUUUCCACGAAUUUUCUCAUGUGUUACGUACAUUGUGAUGCGGACAUCUUACUGUUCAUCAAGGCAAUUCUUCUUGAUGUGGACACCUUCCUGUAUCCACUGGUUUGUUGUCCUGUACUUCCAAAACGACAUGCACACUUUCUUUAUUUAUGAGUAUGAUUUGGAAACGCAGUAACAUGGACAAAUGCUGUUCGAUUUUUGCAAUCUGUCGGGAACUUGUACUUAGUGGUGAUCGAUGACUCAACUUUAAUAGGGUGGAAGUGAUGUUGUGCAUACUUUUGAU